AUGAACUCGUCACCCCACGGCUCCCGGGCCUCCAUCGACAUCCUGGAGGAGCUCCAGCUGAUCGCAGCACAGAACCUGGAAAAGCUCGACAUCAACAAAUACUAUGAGGUCGUCCGAGAGCUGGGAAAGGGCACCUACGGGAAGGUGGACCUGGUCGUCCACAAAAUCAGAGGCACGAAGAUGGCCUUGAAGUUUCUGAGGAAGAAGACCACCAAGCUGAAGAGUUUCCUGCGAGAGUACAGCAUCUCUCUGUACCUGUCGCCGUGCCCCUUCAUCAUCAACAUGUACGGCAUCGCCUUCGAAACCGACGACUACUACAUCUUCGCUCAGGAGUACGCGCUGGCAGGAGAUCUGUUCGACAUCAUCCCUCCACAGGUGGGACUACCUGAGAUGGUGGCGAAGCGUUGCGUCCACCAGGUGGCCAUCGCCCUGGACUACCUGCACUGCAAGAAGCUGGUCCACCGGGACAUCAAGCCUGAGAACAUCCUCAUUUUUGACAAGGAGUGCAGGAAGGUCAAGCUGUCAGACUUUGGCAUGACACGGCGUGCCGGCUCUCCGGUGAAGCGAGUGAGCGGCACGAUCCCGUACACGGCGCCUGAACUGUGUGACACCUCGCGUCACGAGGGCUUCUGCGUGGACUACAGCACAGACGUGUGGGCGUUUGGCGUGCUGCUCUUCUGCAUGCUGACAGGAAACUUCCCCUGGGAGAAGGCCAUGCCCAACGACGCCUUCUACGAGGAGUUUGUCCGCUGGCAGCGCCGUCGGACGGGCACCGUGCCAUCACAGUGGCGCCGCUUCACAGACGAAGCUCUACGAAUGUUUCGCAGGCUCCUGUCCAUCGAGCAGGAGCGCCGCUGCUCCGUCAAAGAAGUCUUCAGCUACUUCAACCAGUGCUGGAUGUUGGACACGGAGAACGGGAACAGCAGCAGCGGGGGGUUGGCGAGCAGCGCACCUCCUCUGGACAUCAGCUCGUCUUCGUCUGAAGAGGACGUAUUAGUGGACAGACUGAAGCAGCAGAGCCUGUCGCCUGCCUGUGUAGCAGCGAAGGGAGCCCUUAUGAUGGACACCCACUACUCCUCCAUGUCCACGAACAGCUCGCCUUCCUCCACCAGCAGCUAUGAGCGCGUCAACAGAGACAACAACGAAAGAGGACGCAUCCUCGUGGCCACGCCCAUCGAGAUCUGUGUGUAGAGACGGCCGGUGCUGCUUUCAGGCUACCUGCUCACACCUGCACGCUGGUGUGCGCCGACCAGAAAGAUUUCUCCGACUGUGAGAAAAAGGAGAAAAGUGAGGAAGCAAGGAGGGGACGUGUGGCGACGGUGCUCAGCAUCAGGAAACGAUCGGCAGUCUGACAGCUUCACUCAUUUCUGAUGAAGACGAACUCUGAGGAAAUGAGCAGUGAGACAAUCACACGCUGUAGCCUCCUGUUUGUGGUUUAUACUUCAGUUAGUGGAACAAUACACAAACCCACUGGACAACCUGCAGAGAAAAAAAAGGUGAAGAGGUGAUAAAACAAAAACAUAAUCAACAAGCAAUAUGUUUAAAAAAAAUUAAAAAUCUGUGAAGCAAAGUAGAAAGAAGUGAUCGGCUUUGUGCAUAAAGCGACCGUGACUUGUGUGUUAAUUGUAGUAUACUGUACAUCUUCAUGUUUGGUAGAUGGUUUGUGUGUGUGUGUGUUUUUUUUGGAGUUAAAUUAUUUAUUUAUGUCAGAUGCAUUUAUUUAUUAUUUGUUUUAGCAGGUGGCAGCCUGUUUUUAAUUUUAUCUGUAGAAAGUAAAACAUAAUUUACUGAAAAGAGACUUGUAGAUGACAGUUUUUUUUUUCUUUACGUUUAAAAAGAAAAAUUUAAAAAAAAAAAAUCAUGUUGUGAUCUCUCAUGAAAGUGAAUUUUCUCACCCAAAAUGUUGUUUUCCUGUGACGCCUAAACUUACUGUAAAGUAGCAAUCGACAUUCUAACCAAUCCUCCCAUUAAACUGCAGUGAACUGUGACUAUGACUGAACUGCUGCAGCCCAGUUUUUAAUGUGAACACUUUGAGAACACUGGACGGUAAUAAACCUCAACUGACAGUUUGCAAUCAUGUAUUAUUCUCUACUUGUUAAUCGGAUAAAUAUGAGAAAAGGGCACAAAACAUUUCAGGUCCUUUUUUCUGCUUGCAUGAUUUAUGAAGAAAAUGAAAACGGUGCCCUUUUAUUUGAGCAGUUAACAAUUAUCUAACAAGUAAUAUAUUUCAACUUUUUAAAUGAAAAAUAAGUAACCAUCUUUUAAAACGAGAGCAAAAUUUAGUAUUUAGGGAUACUACCCAACAGCUGACUGCUCCCCUCAACUCUCUUUUCCAUUUUUAAAAAAAAUCCUGAAGGGUUAAAUGCUGAAAAUAUGACAAGAUGGACAUAUGUAGAAGAAAAAUGUUUUCUUUUUUUUCUCUUUUUUCUUUUUUUAAAUACUGCAUGACGUGACAUUACUGUGGUGAAAAUUUGUUGAAAUAAAAACCCUGAAAUAAUAAAAAAAAAAA